AUGCCGCCACAUCAACAACCACCGCCUCAAAUCACUAAACUAGAGGUAUCCGCUGAUUCAUUGAGCCAAUUUAUGAUAGAAACCAGAUCUUCUAUUUGGAGUUUAGAAACACAAGUUGGACAACUUGCAAAGUUAAUGGCGGAUCGUAAUCAAGGGGCUUUACCUAGUUCAACUGUGGUGAAUCCCAAGGAGCAAUGUCAAGCUGUCACUUUGAGGAGCGGGACUAAGUAUGAGGGGCCUACCGUAGAAAACAAGGGUAAGAAGAUUGAAGAUCAACCUGUAACUAGUCCAGCACAAGAGGAGGUUACUGAAGACCUUCCAAAGACAGAAAAGCCAAAAUAUACCGAGUCUACACCAAAGAUUCCUUAUCCUCAGCGGUUCCGAAAGGCAAAUCUUGACAAGCAAUUCUCCAAAUUUCUCGAGGAGAUAUUGUCUAAUAAGAGAAACAUUAAGGAUUAUGAAACUGUGGCUUUGCCAGAAGAGUGUAGUGCAAUAAUUCAAAAGAAACUUCCUCAAAAGUUGAGAGAUUCGGGCAGCUUCACUAUACCUUGCACCAUUGGGAAUUUUUAUUGUGAGAGGGAUUUAUGUGAUCUAGGUGCCAACAUUAAUCUAAUGUCGCUGUCCGUAUUUAGAAGACUCUGUUUGGGGGAAGCUAGAACCACUAUGGUUACUCCAACUGGCCGACCGUUCAUUGACAUACCCUCAAGACCAUUUUUAGCCACUGGUCAAGCCUUGAUAGAUGUUCAAAAAGGAGAGUUGAGGCUAAGAGUGAAGGGUGAUGAGGUUGUAUUUAAUGUGUUCAAGGCUUUGAAGUAUCCUAGAGCAAGUGAUAGUUGCUUUAGUGUGAAUGUAAUUGAGGAACAAUUGUCAAAGAUAAAACUUAUCGAAGAUCUGCUUGAGAUGAGCCUUAUUUCGCAAGGAGUGGAAGACUGUGAUGGCACUGAGGUCAUUGAAUAUGUAAAUUGGCUAAACUCUACUGGACCUAUUUAUAAGAAGAAAUAUGACGAACUUGGACAAGGGCCCGAGAGACCACUACCAUCUAUAAAGAAACCAUCAGUACUUGAAUUGAAAACUUUACCAGAACAUCUUAAAUAUGCCUAUUUGGGUAAGAAUGAUACUCUUCCUAUUAUUAUUUUUGCUUCAUUAUCUACUGUUGAAGAGGAAGAAUUAUUAUGA